CAGACUUUUACUUUGAAAGGUCGUCACUGUUGCGCGCGGCGUCCCUUGGAAUCACAGCGUUAGCGAUUAUUUCACAGAAACGACAGCUAGGACUACUUAUACCUAUCGCUGUUUUGGGUUACAUAGGAGAUACUUAAUCUAUUGGGAGCUGAACAGGAACACCAAGCUUCAUGUAACGCCUGCUAUCGCUUGAAACAUCCAGAGACGCCCCCCUUCACUUAGCAUAGAGAGCUAACGCUAAUUACUAACAUCCAGUCGCGUAGUAACAUUAGCUUGUUAGCUUGAAGACAUUUCCAAAGCCGAGGGGCCAGGAUGCGAGAGGAUUAUUUUUGAGGAACGACCCCCAUCCACGUGCCAUGUCUCUGGUUUUCACACGUCCCAAUACCAACGCAGUCCACGGCAAGAAGGAUAAGAGACUGAUGGCGGAAGUGAACGCAUCGCCGCUCAAGCACUUUGUCACAGCAAAGAAGAAGAUCAAUGGGAUCUUUGAACAGUUGGGGGCCUACAUCAAGGAGAGCGCCUUAUUUCUGGAAGAUACCCACAAAAAUGAUGAGUUGGACCCGGUCACCACAGAAGAGCAGGUCCAGGACGUCAGAGGUUACCUCAACAAGGUAGCAGGGAUCGGAGAAGUGCUUGCCCGCAGACACAUGAAGGUGGUCUUCUUCGGAAGGACAAGUAACGGUAAGAGCUCAGUGAUCAAUGCCAUGCUGUGUGACAAAGUGCUACCCUCGGGUAUUGGACACACGACCAACUGCUUCCUGAGGGUGGAGGGCACCGAUGGUAACGAGGCCUUCCUGCUCACUGAAGGAUCUGAGGAGAGGAAGAGCAUUAAGACAGUGAACCAGCUGGCCCACGCUCUCCACCAGGAUGAAGACCUGGACGCUGGUAGUUUGGUGUGUGUUAUGUGGCCUAAAGCCAAGUGUGCUCUUCUCAGGGAUGAUCUGGUUUUGGUGGACAGCCCGGGUAUUGAUGUCACCACAGAGCUGGACAGCUGGAUCGACAAGUUUUGUCUGGAUGCUGAUGUGUUUGUUCUGGUGGCGAACUCUGAGUCCACACUGAUGCAGACGGAAAAAUCCUUCUUCCACAAAGUCAAUGAGCGUCUCUCCAGCCCCAACAUCUUCAUCCUAAACAACCGCUGGGACGCCUCAGCGUCAGAGCCUGAAUACAUGGAGGAGGUUCGCAGGCAGCAUAUGGACCGCUGCACCAACUUCCUGGUGGAUGAGCUGGGCGUGGUUGACCGGAGUCAGGCCAGUGAUCGCAUCUUCUUCGUCUCCGCUAAGGAAGUGCUCCAGGCUCGUGUGCAGAAGGCACAGGGGAUGCCUGAAGCAGGUGGAGCUCUUGCAGAGGGUUUCCAAGCUAGAAUGUUUGAGUUCCAAAACUUUGAGAGGAGAUUUGAGGAGUGUAUCUCACAGUCGGCCGUGAAGACCAAGUUUGAGCAGCACACAGUGAGGGCCAAACAGAUCUCUGAAGCUCUGCGGCGCAUCAUGGAUUCGGUACACAUUGCUGCACAGGAGCAGAGGGUCUACUGCCUUGAGACCAAAGAAGACCGCCAGGACAGACUGGAGUUCAUAGACAAGCAGUUAGACCUGCUGACCAUGGACUGUAAGGCCAAGAUUAAAAAGAUUACUGAGGAGGUGGAGAGACAGGUGUCUAAUGCCAUGGCAGAGGAGAUCAGGAAGCUCCAUGUGCUGGUGGAUGACUUCCACAUGGACUUCCACCCAUCACCAGUGGUGCUCAAAGUCUACAAGAAUGAGCUCCAUCGACACAUAGAGGACGGCCUGGGCAAGAACAUGUCCGAGAGGUGCUCCACCUCCAUCACAAGUGCUCUGCAGGGAACACAGACCGACAUGAUAGAGGGUCUGAAGCCGCUGCUGCCCAGCCCGGUCAGAGAGCAGGUGGACAAACUGGUCCCUCGCCAGUGCUUCAGUCUCAGUUAUGACCUGGCCUGUGACAAACUCUGCAUGGAUUUCCAGGAGGAUAUCAGCUUCCACUUCUCUCUGGGCUGGACCAUGCUGGUCAACCGCUUCCUGGGGCCAAAGAGCAGCCGGCGGGCCCUCAUGGGCUACAACGAUCAGGUUCCUCGGCCCAUGGCUCUGACUCCGGUCAGCACCAGCAUGCCUCCUUUUCCACAGAGCUCCAUGACCCAGGAGGAGCUGAUGGUCUCCAUGGUGACUGGACUAGCCUCUCUCACCUCGCGUACCUCCAUGGGCGUCCUCGUCGUUGGUGGCGUGAUCUGGAAGGCGGUGGGCUGGCGUCUGAUCGCCCUCUCCGUGGGUCUGUACGGGCUCCUCUACAUCUACGAGAGGCUCACCUGGACCACCAAGGCCAAAGAGAGAGCCUUCAAGAGGCAGUUUGUGGACUACGCCAGCGAAAAGCUGCAGCUCAUCGUCAGCUACACCGGCUCCAACUGCAGCCACCAAGUCCAGCAGGAGUUGGCCGGUGUGUUUGCUCAGCUCUGUCAGCAGGUAGACGUCACCCGCCAGAACCUGGAGGAUGAGAUCACUGACAUGAACAGCAAGAUUGAACUGCUGGACAGCCUGCAGAGCAAAGCUAAGCUGCUGCGGAACAAGGCAGGCUGGCUGGACAGCGAGCUGAACAUGUUCACUCAGCAGUAUCUCCACCACAGCAAGUAAGCCUGGCAGAGAACAUCCGCCUGAAAGACCGAAACCUCCAGAGGAACAUGUGGUACUCAAUACUGUCAGCAGACGAGGGGUAAUAGGAUUAGUUAGGAUAUUUAAUUGACUAGUUGGUUUUGAUUUGACUUAAUGGACACGAGUCAGGAACAGAGUCCUGGUAUCAGCUCACGACUUGCCACUCAUAAAGAAACCUUAAAAACAAUCAGCUGGUAAAUAGAAGCCAAAUUGAGACAAAGAGAAACCUUAAAGCUGUUGUCCUGAUAAUUAUUUCUCUAUUUAGCACUUCUAUGUUCAGUUUUGACGAAACAAAGUGAAGAUGAACGUGAGAUCUCACUCUAACCCGAACAGUCGGAACUCUCCUUGAAUCCUUAAAAACCCUGAGUGGCUUCUUUAAAUUAGAUCGAGUCCACUCUGCCUCUGUAGAUUAGAUUUUGUACAUACACUUUGAACACUGGACACGUGCCAUGCUUUAGGAAAAGGCAGUCCACAGGAGGGAACUGAAGAAAGUGACUUAUUAUAAAGUGGGAUUAUAUAGAAGCUAAUUUAUUCUUGAUGGUGCAGAAUAUUUGAAAGAUGAAGCGUGUUGUCUGAGAAGGAAGCUGAGAUAAAAAGGACGCUGAUGAGACUUCACAUAGUGAUGUGCUGUUUUCUAACAGUCCAGUCUGAAGCAUCUAAACUGAAUAUUAUCUGUUCACCUACAUGUACAUAAGCCUGGUGUCUUAACACCUACUGAGUGAUUUUCCUUUGUACUUCUGAGAGUAAACAUGCAGCUUUGUUUUCUAAGGAGAGACUGUGCAGCAGUGAAGUAACCGAAUCGAUUAAUGCACUAAAUGUUACUAAAGAUGAUUUAAUCCCAGUUAAUCCAUGUGAGGAGUAAGGCUUGUGUUAUUCCACAUUCUUGUUGUUGAACAAAGUCCAUGCAGCAAAACCAAACCAAUAAUGUGUCAGUGCAUCUUAAACUGCUGCAGACUUCACGUCUGCAGCUCUGGAACAAAUCAAACAAACGUACAAAUAUUUUCUUUGUUCUUUAAAACGUUUAUUAUAUUUUUAAAGAACUAAACCUUUGUGGUUUACAUUGGGGGAUAUUUGUGGAAAACACUUUAACCUUUUAAAGUGGUUUAAAAACUCUCUCCAGUCAUAGUUUUCAGUCAUGUGACCAGCCUGGAGGGCCAUCAAAGCUUAGGAUAGUAGCAGCUUCCACUGACUCAUGCACUGUUAGUUUGGAUCUGCACAUGAGAUUCGUUGAUAAGGACAAUGACAUGGAAUAUCACAAGGGUGACUUUAACUUCUCAUAAAUAAUGAUAAAAAUUUACAACAGAAAAUUAGGACUGUAUACAUUUGGUUAAAAGAUUAAUUGCAGAAUAGAUGCUGUAAUUAGGACAUUAUCAAGAUUAAUAAAUACUUGAAAACGUCUCUGAAGUCCGGCUCAGACUACACGGCCAGAUCAGCCAGAUUUUGGCCUUACUGGACCGUCGCAGCUCAUUGUCAAAACUGAGAGGGACCUGGAUGCAGACAAAGACCUCCACUUCAUACCGGAAGUCGGAUGAGCACGGCCAUAUCUCGUCUUCUAAUACCGGAAGUCACUUGAACUGAACGUCUUCUUUGUUGCAGCAGUUAUAUAACAUUAAUUUUAAUGAAUUGAUUUAUGAUCGAAAUUCACGUAUCACUGAGCACAGACAUAAUGUGUGACGGGAGAUUGGCUGGCUGGUCAGACGCCGAUGUCGCUGCCAAGUUGCCUGAGGCAAGUCAGCUACAUCCUCAAUACAGUCGACAAGGAUUGUGCAAGUUUCCUGAAUUCUCUCUCCUGUCUACUAACAUGUACAUUUUAUUUUAUUUCAGUUAUCACAUGCAUACUUUAAGUUCUAUCUGAAGGACAGCCGGUCGAUAUUAUCCUCCUCUUCCCCGGUGACCUAUGAACUCUCAAACAUUCGAGGAGACAGUCAGCAUAUGAUGAGCAGUCGGGAUCACUCUUGUAGUUUGGCCAGUCUUUCGGGACGGGACCAGAUUCUUGUUGCAUUGUCUGACAUGGUGCAGCCAUGAAUGACAAAAAUACACGUGUAGUCUGAGCCGGCCUUCAAUCUCCUAAGCCUUCAAAUCAGCCCCUGGUCUCUGACCCUCAGUGUAACAGCAAAACUGUCUGCUGUUACAUAAAAAAGUGAGUCAAAUGCCAAAGAGAUGUUUUUUGAUCAGUUGUCACUGCAGAGUUUGUCCACUAGAGGGCACUGAAGUUUAUGUUUACACUGUUAUAUUUUCUAUUUAUUUACCUGGGCACUACUCCUUGUACUAAAAAUGAUAAA